AAGGAAAAUUUGCUUCUUGUUUUGCUUUUUUGUGGUGUAUUUUUGGGUGUUGGAAUGGGAUUUAUGGUGCGUUCAAUUGGUGGCGAUUUCAGCAAAAGACAAAUUAUGUACCUUAUGUUUCCUGGUGAAAUUCUCAUGAGAAUGUUAAAAAUGCUUAUUUUGCCACUUAUUGUGGCUAGCUUAAUUGCAGGUAUUGCCGGACUCGAUGCUAAAACUUGUGGUAAAAUGGGUUUGCGAACCAUUGCUUACUUUGCAUGUACAACAAUUUUGGCGGUCAUCCUUGGAAUAAUCAUGGCAGUAAGCAUCAGGCCUGGUGGUGGUGCAGAGGCAUCCGAAAUCAAAAGAUAUGGUGCAGCAAAAAGAGUGAAUUCAGUGGAUACAUUCCUAGAUCUCAUAAGAAAUCUAUUCCCUGAUAAUCUGAUAUUAUCGUGUGUAGAUGCUUACAGAACAGUAGAAAAGAAAGAAUUUAAAGAAAAAAUAAUGCCUAAAACAAACGAUACAUUAAAUACCACUGCAUCACCGACCUCGCUGGUUUAUUAUUUACUGAAUAACGCCACCAACGUAACGGAGAAGGUUGGAGAACCGUACGAAUGGGUUCCAACCAAGUCUUCAACUGGUCAAACUAAUGUUCUAGGAAUUGUAAUGUUUUCUAUAUUAUUUGGAGUGAUGUUAGGACGUAUGGACAGUAGAGGUAAACCAGUUCUCGAUUUCUGUUCAGUAAUCGUAGAAGUCACCAUGAAGCUUUUCACUGUUUUUAUUUGGUAUUCACCAGUUGGUAUCGCAUUUCUUAUCGCAGCUAAAAUCGUGGAAAUGGAAGAUUUUAGUGUGUUGGUCGGAAAAGUUGGAUUGUACUUUAUAACCGUACUUAGUGGAUUAUUUGUUCACGGGUCUGUCGUCCUGCCAGGACUGUUCUUCCUAGGUAGUCGGCAAAAUCCGUAUAAAUUCAUUUAUGGUAUUUCUCAAGCCAUGGCAACUGCUUUCGGUACUUCAUCAAGUUCUGCCACAAUGCCAGUUACUCUCCACUGUUUGGAACACAAUAAUCACGUAGAUCCGCGAGUCAGCAGUUUUGUUAUUCCAGUUGGAGCAACAAUUAAUAUGGACGGGACUGCUUUAUACGAGGCUGUAGCUGCCCUAUUUAUAGCCCAGGUUAACAAUAUGGACAUGGACUUUGGUCAAAUAGUAACAAUAAGUAUCACGGCUACGGCAGCAUCAAUAGGUGCGGCUGGUGUACCUCAGGCGGGAUUGGUUACCAUGGUAAUUGUUUUGUCUGCUGUGGGUUUACCUGUUAAUGACAUCACUUUGAUUCUGGUCGUUGAUUGGUUCUUGGAUCGUUUCCGGACGAUGACGAACGUUAUGGGAGACAGUCUCGGUGCAGGUCUUGUUUAUCAUCUGUCAAAGCACGAGUUA